AUGGGUGACCAACAGGCCAAGCCGCCAAUCGUGGCAGCUAUUCGCAACGACGCCCCUUUGCCGGACAUCUCAAUUGGAGAUUGCCCCAGGUCGAAGAACUUGCACGAUGCAGGUGAAACAGCCAACCGGAUCGAUUUACCAAGGGUCUUGAGUCGAGCACCUAGCGACUAUUACACCAAGGUCGCGGAUCGGUUUUUAGAUACUGCAGACUUCAGACUGCUUGACGGCGUCGACCUCGGACGUCCCAACCCCACCAUCCUGUUUCACCGAAACGUAUCGGACGUGGCUAGAUCAAUCGAAGACUCCAUCAACCGAGAUGUUGGGCUGGUUCUCGUCAAAGGGCACAUGCCGGGAACUUUGGUGAUAGAUAGAACGACUCAAGCUGGGAAGAUGAUCAAGAUCCACAAUCACCAGCCAUUCGAGCCAGCGUCGAUCAUUCCCGUCCCAGGCUGGACGGCCAAGUGUAAACUGACCGCUCCUGGUCAAGAACCCAUUGAAUCGAUGCUCGUCGCCGAGCACAAGGAUAGAGGCCUGGUCGCCGUGGAGGAGUUCGAGACAGAGCUCGACAAGACCCCUGUGGGACUGCUGAAUUUGUGGCAGGAGGUACAAAACAAUGCCGCCGAGCUGACGGAGAUGCUCGAGACGGCCAACAAUGAGGGGAUUGCGCAAGACUUCCUACGCCUCACAAGUGGCCUCCGAAACUACACGACACCUCACAAUCGUGAGUUUGAGUCGACCUUCGGAAUCGAAAAUCAUCCCAAGUCUCCGUUCGAAAAGGAAGUCACCACAACGCUUCACGGGAUUGCCACCCAUGCCGUCGUGGAAGACGCUCCCUACGCCAUACUCGGAGACUAUCAGUCACUGGCAAUAUUCGAGUUUACCGACAUGUUGACCUUCCCGAAGGUGAACGAGAUCGACCGGCUUCGUCGGGGUCCGGGCAACAGGGUUCGAGUACUGGUGCUCAAUAAUGAGUCAGAGAAAAUCCGCCGAAACAUGAUUGGCGUUUGGCUCAAGAGUAUCGGAAGCGAAUCAGGUGAAGCCUGGAUGAAGAGCACCGGAAGUGACUAA